GCGGCAUGGCGGGGCUGGGCGGUAUGCUCCUCCCGUGCCGGAGGCUGCAUACAGCGGUGAGUCACUGCAGGGCCCGAAGUGGCCCUGAGCACCGGUGGAUCGCCCGGCAGCGGAACGACCCGUUUGUGAAGGCUGCGAAGGUGGAGAGUUACCGGUGCCGAAGUGCCUUCAAACUCCUGGAGGUGAACGAGAAGCACCGGCUCCUCUGGCCCGGCCUGCGGGUGCUGGACUGCGGGGCAGCCCCUGGCGCUUGGAGUCAGGUGUCUGUGCAGAAAGUCAACGCUGCUGCCUCAGAUCCAAGUGCACCGGUUGGCUUUGUGCUUGGGGUAGAUCUUCUUCACAUCAACCCUCUGGAAGGAGCAACUUUCCUGUGCCCAGCUGAUGUCACUGACCCAGGAGUCUUCCGGAGAAUUCAGGAGCUGCUUCCAGGAGGAAGAGCAGAUGUGAUCCUGAGUGAUAUGGCCCCCAAUGCCACUGGGAUCCGGGACUUGGAUCACGACAGGCUCAUUAGCCUCUGCCUGUCCCUCCUGGCACUGGCUCCAGGUCUCCUGCAGCCUGGGGGCACAUUCCUUUGUAAAAUCUGGGCUGGCAGUCAGACGCGCUGCUUACAGAGGAGGCUGGCAGAGAACUUCCAGAGGAUGCGGACUGUAAAACCCGAGGCCAGCCGGAAAGAGUCGUCUGAGGUGUACCUCCUGGCCACCCAGUACCGAGGAGGGAAGGGGCCUGUGCAGGGCUGACCUUUUUCUCCUAUUCCUGCUCCUCCACUUUGCCCCCAUCACACAAAUGUAGCUCAAGCUCUCUGGGAAAUGGCUGAGGGAGCUGAGCUGAGCUGGCCCUCUGGGGUGUAGCAGGCAUGACACGCAUGGAGCCUGUGUACGAGACCGGAGAGUGAUGACGUGUUCAGUGCUGUGAUGCCUGAUCAGAAACACUCCACACCGUCUCUGUGAGGAACUUUACUGUAGGAGGCGGCCAAAAAGAUGAGAGAGGGAGGAGAGAAGCUUACAAGGGCUAUCUAUGGCAGAGCUCACCCUGACCCUGGUCCGUCCUGGAAACAGCCUGCCUUUCCCCAGCCUGGAACUGAGCAGUUAGGAAGGUCUGAAACGCCCACGUCGGGGUUAAUGUCCACCUGGCCGAUGGCUCUCUGGAAACCGCCUUUCUUCCAACAGGCAGUGC